CUUGUUUUACAACGUAGUCCGAAGCAAAUCCCAAGACCAGCAGCAAAGCACAAACCGCUGUACAACAUGGCAAGUGUCACAGUCGUUUACCCCGCCGGGGGCACUUUCAACAUGGACUACUACAAGUCGACACACAUGCCGCUUGUGCAGGAGAAAUGGGCAAAGUACGGAUUGAAGUCAUGGAAAGUUGUCAAGUUCCCAGACGACUCUCCGUACUCGGUACAAGCGACCCUUGAAUGGGACAAUAUCAAGCAGUUCCAAGAUGCGGCCAGCGGACCAGAAGCAAAGGAUGUUCUUGGAGAUGUGCCAAACUUUUCGAACAAGGACCCGGUCAUCAUGGCUGGCGAGGUUGUUCUCACUUCCUAGAGAGAGGGUCUGGGGUACGGAAGUGGCAGCGGGAUUGAACGAAGACCUCGUUGGUCGGAACAAUUGUGUCAAUGGCUUAAGAUGGGCUGAUAUUCAAGGAAUUGAUCGCUCUCAAUUAUUGAACUACUACCCACAUUC